AUGAAGCCAGUGGAUAACGCUCUAGGCGAAGAGGACGCAGAGCCCGCGAACGGCAAGGGUGACCCUCCAGCCCCAAGUGAAAAAGCCAAAAGGAAAAACGCACACACAUUAAGUGACGAUUAUAGCGGUAAAAAGAAGGCAAAGGUUGACGAUGGGUUAAAAGGAAGUGAUCCCUUUGAGGAAGAGGAAGAAGAAGAGGAAGAGGAUGGACAAAUGGGGGGAAAGGAAAAUAAGGAAGAAGUUAGUUCAUAUGACGUAGAGGAGGAUCCCGGUUGUUCAGAUGGCGGUGGUAAUAAUGAAGGGAAUGACGCCAAACAAGGUGAUCACAAUAGUAAUGAAAGUAACAACGAGGAAGGAGAGACGGAAACACAUAAUGAGAAAAGCAAAGAUAAACAGAACAAUGAUGGGGAUACCAUCCCAAAGGAAGGAGAAGAAGAAGAAGAAGAAGACCCCAAGUCAGAAACGCCUUUUCCAAGAGGAAACUCAAUGGAGGAGGCAUCUUACGAAAGAGGUCGAGAACCUGGCGGAGGUGAACCAGAACCCCCACUCAUAAACAAACUGACCAACGAACCAUACAGUGAAAGAUACCUGCAGUUAUUGGAGGAAAAGAAAAAACUGCCAGCAUGGAGUGCGAAGAAAAAUUUUCUAAAACUCUUUAAGAAAAAUGACGUGCUAAUUAUCGUAGGAGAUACAGGAAGUGGAAAGACAACACAGAUAUCGCAAUUUGUGUUGGAGUCUAAGUUUGCCGAGAAAAAGUCGAUAGCCGUAACCCAACCAAGGAGAGUAGCUGCCAUGAGUGUAGCGGCAAGAGUUUCAGAAGAGUUAGAUGUAGAACUAGGAACGUAUGUAGGAUACACCAUCAGAUUUGAAGAUAGAUCAAGCACAAAAACUGUCAUCAAAUAUUUGACAGAUGGUAUGUUAUUAAGAGAAUCAAUGUAUGAUCCUUUGUUAAAAAGAUACAAUACCAUCAUUCUGGAUGAAGCUCAUGAGAGGACCUUAGCUACGGAUAUCCUCUUCGGAGUUAUAAAAAACAUACAAGAGCAGAGGAAUGAUUUAAAAUUAAUUGUCAUGUCAGCAACGCUAGAUGCAGGGAAAUUCCAAAAAUUCUUUAAUGGCUCCCAAAUAUUAAAUAUCCCAGGGAGGUUAUAUCCAGUGGAGAUUUUUUAUACGCUACAGGCAGAGAAGGAUUACAUAAGGGUUGUCAUCAGGACGGUGUACGACAUACAUGUUAAUGAGGAGGAAGGAGAUAUUCUUGUCUUCCUCACUGGAGAAGAGGAAAUCGAAAUGACGAAAAAAGAAAUUGAAAAGUUAGUAUCGAAAAAUGAAAAUGCUGGACAGUUGGUAGUGUUGCCACUUUAUUCAUCAUUACCAUCGACUCAGCAACAGAAAAUAUUCGAGCCUGCACCAAAGCCAAGAUUUAAAGGAGACAAAAUGGGGAGAAAAUGUAUCCUAUCCACUAACAUAGCAGAAACGUCCCUCACUAUAGAAGGAAUUGUUUAUGUUAUCGACCCUGGGUUUUCAAAACAGAAGGUUUAUAAUCCAAGGGCAAGAGUAGAAUCUUUAUUAAUUGCUCCCAUUUCGAAGGCAUCCGCUCAGCAGAGAGCUGGAAGAGCAGGGAGAACAAAACCGGGGAAAUGCUUUCGCCUCUACACAGAAAAGUGCUUCGAGCAAACACUACCCGAACAGACAUACCCAGAAAUUCUGAGAUCGAACUUAGGUUCUGUUGUUUUAAAUUUAAAGAAAUUAGGAAUUGACGAUUUAGUUCAUUUUGAUUUUAUGGAUCCACCGGCACCAGAGACAUUAAUGAGAGCUUUGGAACAACUGAACUACUUAGGGGCAUUAGAUGAUGAGGGAGAAUUAACACAGAAGGGACACUUCAUGUCUGAAUUUCCUGUAGAUCCUCAGCUAGCCAAAGUGUUAAUUGAAUCCCCAAAUUAUUGUUGUUCCAGCGAAAUACUAACAAUUGCAGCCAUGCUUUCUGUGCCUUACUGUUUUCUAAGGCCAAAAGUGAAAGGAAAAGAAGCGGAUGAAAUGAAAACGAGAUUCUCACAUCUAGAUGGGGACCAUCUAACUCUCAUGAAUGUGUUUCAUGCCUUUGUCAAUUAUAGCCGCAUGGAUAUAAAUGCUUCGAAAAAAUUUUGUUACGAUUAUUUUUUAAAUCAUCGAGCUAUGACAUCAGCCCAGAAUGUUAGAAACCAACUUAUCAGAACAAUGGAGAAAAUGGAACUAAAAAUUGUUUCCAUGAACCCAUCCCAUCCUGACUACUAUGUCAAUAUAAGGAAGGCUUUGCUAAGUGGGUUCUACCAACAAGUGGCAUACAAAACUAGUAAAGGGUACUACAUCACCGUGAAGGAUAUUCAAAUUGUUACUCUGCAUCCGUCAACGGUUUUUCAAAUAAACCCUGAGUGGGUCAUGUAUCACGAACUUAUAUUAACGACAAAAAAUUUUAUAAGAACCGUCAGUAGAAUUGAUGGUAAGUGGUUGCUUGAAAUUGCUAGAAGUUAUUACGAUUUGGAUGAUCUACCAAACAGCGAGGCAAAGAAUGAAUUGCGCAUGCUUCUUAGGAAAUCCUAA